AUGUCGGCCGCGGCGGCGACCCGCGGGGCGCCGCCGCCGCCCUCGCGCGCGCGUCCUCGCGCGCGCCGUCGCCGCGUCCUCGCGCGCGCGCCGCGCGCGUCGUCCGCGACGACGGCCGACGCGGACGCGACGAGAGACGUCGACGACGACGACGACGAGAUGGAGAUCCGACGGAUGCGCGCGUGGUGCGACGCCACCUCGCGCGGCGUCGACGCGUCGCCGUCCGACGUCGCCGCGUUCAACGCGCUCGUCGACGCCGUCGUCGCGCGAACGACGACUUCCGCGUCCACGUCCACGUCCACGUCGUCGCUCGCGAACACGCGAUGGCGGCUGCUCGGUUGCGCGCAGCGCACGCUCCCCUCCCCCGGGGCGUGGCUCGCGAGUCCGUUCUUCUGGAUCGCGAAGGAGGCGCAACAGGAGAGCUACCGCCUCGCGACGUCCGCGCCGGACCUGUUCCCGCCGUUCAAGCUCGCCGCGCGCCUUAGCGCGGGGAUGGACGCGCCCAAGACGGGGGAGAUGUGGAUAGACGCGUUCGGGAAGAGGGAAGUGCGCGCGGGGUUCCCGUUCGGAGUGAUUGAAUCGUUUCUGAACGGGUUCGCCGUCGCGUUCCGAGCCGGAGACGCGACCCUGGAGUUUGGCGACGACGACGGCGACGACGGCGGCGGCGGCGACGGCGAGACGACGACGACGACGACAAUGAUGACGUCGAGGGUGCGCGUGGACUUUGGCGACGGUGCGGUCGUCGGCGACCUCGUGACCGAGUGCGUCGUCGGACUCGCCGAAGAAACCGGCGGCGGCGACGACGCGACGGCGACGACGCGUCGGAAGAUGGCGUCGCUCGUGUCCACGCGGUUCGAAAACACCGGCGUCGUCGCGCUGGACGGCGUCGCCGUCCCGUCGGGCGCGAUCAUGAAAACGCUGAUGUCGCCGUCCCCGAGCUUGCGCGAGCGAACGACCGGCGCGCGAGGACACCCGGGGGUUCCUUACGCCGCCGCGAUCGUCGUCGUCGGCGGGGGUACAGCUGGCGGGGGUACAGCUGGCGGCGGCACAGCUGGCGGCGGCGGAGAAGCGGAGGCGGAGGCGUACCUCGUCGCGACGGCGGGGUCGUGCGAGGCGACGUCCACGGCGUUGCUGUACGAGCGCGUGGCGUGA